GUCCCGCCGCCCCGCCGCAGUCGCUGCCGCCGCCGGGAUGUUCGCGGGGCAGCAGCAGCAGCCGCAGCCGCCCGCGCUGCCCCCGCACCUCCCGCAGCCGCACCAGCAGCAGCACCACUACUACCGGCGGCAGCAGCACUACAGCACCCUGCCCGCCCGCCGGGCCUGCCCGGAGCCGCCGCCCUGCCCCGAGCCCCCGCCGUGCCCGGAGCCGCCGCGGCCGCUGCCCUGCCUGGACCAGCCCCUGGACGGGGCCGUGGUGUAUGACCGGGUGCGCACCUACGGCCCGGGAUGCCGCCGGCUCAGCGCGUCCUGCUCCUCCCGGGCCGCCUCGCCGCUGGACUGCGGCCACGGCUGCGACCCGCCGCAGGGCACUAUUCGAAGGAUCAUUAUCGAGAAUCCUGAUCAGGUUUUACAGGAGCCAUUGUCCCCAUUUCUCAGAGCGGGGACUUUCGGCCCUGGAAAUAAUGUCAUCUAUGAAAAGACAAUAAGAAAAUAUGAGCUAUUAAAUCCCCUCCAAGAGAAGCAGUUCCAGGUGUCCCAGCUGUGCCAGCAGGCGGAGCAGUGCCAGCCCUGCCCGGAGCCCGCCCCGGUCACCCACCAGUGCCAGCACACCCAGACCAGCAGCCCCAGUGAUGUGUUCCCGGUGUUCCCAGUGCCGGGGAGCGAUGACUGCCGGGGCCACACCGUCAGGAGGGUCCCCCUGCACUCCUGCGAGCCGGUGAACUGCUCCCAGGAGAGCCCGGACCAGCUGGACUGUCGCUACUUCGGGGAGCUCCUGGCUGAGCUGCACCGCAAGGGCAACGACCUGUACAGCUGUUUGCUGCAGCACGUGGAGAAGAUUGGAGGCAGGAACCAUGACAUCGAGUUCACGUCUCAGACUGAAGAUAUUGAAGAAUUAAUUCCCAAAGGACUGUCUGAGGCAACAAAGCAGCAGAUUCGUUAUCUCCUCCAGAUGAGAGCGACGUCGGAUAAAUCCCUGAGACUUGUGCUUUCCACUUUCAAGAAUCUCCGGGAGGAGCUGUGCCAUUUGCAGGAUGACCUGGGGAAGCUGGAAACCGACAAUGUCUUGCUGAAGAAGGAUUUGGCUUUUAAGGAUUCUCAAGUAAAAGAAUAUGAAACCAUGUUGGCUUCUCUAAGGGAGAACAAUCGUCAGCAGCAGCAAGGGCUGAGGGACAGCACUGCCAAGUGCCGCUCUCUGGAGGAGCAGCUGCUGUCGCUGCGGCUCAGCGAGGGCGAGAAGGACUGUCAGCUGAAGGAGCUGGAGUACGGCAAGAGGGCCCUGGAGCAGGAGAUCCAGAGCCUCAAGCUGCAGAGCUGCUCCAGCCCCACACUCCAGACCACCACAGAUGAGCUCUCCAGCCGAUAUGUGGAGAUGAUCAAUAACCUGAGGGAGGACAAGGACCGGGAGAUCCGCAGCCUCAGGUCCCAGUUAUGCCAGUUCCAGCAGGACAUCUCCAGGAGGGAGGGGAGCAACAGUGACUUGCAAAUGAGGCUGCACGAACUGACAUCAAUGCUGGAGGACAAAGAGGCUUUUAUUAAACAACAGCAAGAGGAGCUCUUCAGACUGAAGCAUGAGAAGUUAUCGGGCAGUCAGUCCCCUGGAGUGACAGCCAUCAUCACUAAAAAGUACAGGAAUCAGUAUCCUAUUCUGGGCCUCCUCUCUGAUGACUACAAGGUCACAUCACCUGUCAAUAAAUCCCAAACUAUUGUCAUUGAGAGGACUGGGGAGAUAUGGAAACAUGUAAGUUUACCUGGAGAGGGGCUGUUCCCUCCCAGCAAUCCCCAAGUGUUCAGUUUAACUCCAAAGCAAGUAUUGGCCAAACUGGCAGCUGAGGGAGGCUCUCAUGGUAAUUUAACUCUGCAAAAAGCAAAGUGACUGAUUACAGUCAAGGAACUGUCCCGGCUCUUGCAAGCUGCAGUAAUUGGUGGGUGGGGUACAAAUAAAACCUUUUGUUGUUUUCUCUGGCGUGCAAUUACCUUGAACAAAAGCAGCAGCGUUGCUCUAACACCAGUCCCGAGGGUGUUGCUGUACUGGGCAGGUGGGAGGGAUGUGUCCCUGCUGUGCUCUCAGGUGAGGAGGGUUUUGGGUGGGCAGUGCUCCUUUGAAUCAGCAGCAUUAAUGACUCCAAGCUAUUACUAAAACAUACUAACCACCACAUCCCUGAAACUCAGCUUAAGCCAGGGCAGUGGCUAACCCAGGAAUGCAGAAAAGUGGUGACACUUUAAGCAGUGAUUCAGAGUGCAAACAGAAAAUAGGGCUGCAGAAGCUAUUUCUGUUACAGGGCACAGGCUCGUGGUGCUGAGUCUGCUUACACCAGACUCAAAAUAAAGUCCAAGGCUGGAGAAAUGUCAAGGUGCUGGUCCCCAACCAGGUGUUCUGGUGCCUGCAGGUGCAAUGACACAGCAGCACAUGGACAUGGGGGUUAACAGCAUGGUUUGGGGGGAUACAACCAAGAGACAGUCAAACAUACACCUGGUGUAUGUUACCUGCAGUGGGAUUAAGUAAGUAAAAGGCAGAGGUCACUGGAAAACAGCAGAGUUUUAUUACUGAUGCCUAAAACUCACCAAGUUGCAUUGCAACCUAGUGAAAUGUCAAGCAAUUAAACAUUAAUAAAAAAGUUAAAAAAUAAAGAGUUUGGUACAGAAGAAGGGCUCACUGGUUCCCUCAGACACUCAGGCUGCUGGAGAAAACAAGUAAGAUGCUUUAUAACAGGUAGUUUUGUUUUAAAACAGAACUAAGUUUGUUUCUAACUAGCUGCUUGUUUCUUUCAGGACUGAAAGAAACCUCUGGGCCAUCAGAGCUGUUUGAAGGAGUUCACAGCCACUCCACCUGCUUUACUUUCUGCUACUCUGCACCCAGAAAAGGUUCAGUCUGCCACUGAGGAGGGCUGGGAACACACUGAGGACUCACUUUUCCCUCAGAAGAGCAGGAUGCCAUCCCUCUGUGGACUUCAGCUUUUCUUGACUAACUCCUGUUCUUCAGCCAGUCCUGAAGUGAUCUAAGAGACAGAAGGAAGACACCCUGAAACCUUUUCCUCUUUGUCCUGGUAGCCAUAUUCCUCUGUCCUGUCUCCUCAUGCUGAGAGUGGGAAUGGCACCCAUGUCAGUCCCACACAUCAUGGGGCUGCUUCCAGUGCAGUCUCAGGCUGCCAUCUGGAGAUGAUAAAAACCCCAGAAACCACCUUCACAGGGAACUUCAAAAAUACCUCACUGAAAACUGCUUACCUUCACCUGCCUCUGUGUGGGAAGCUCAGACACAAAGGACAAUUACUUAACUUACAGCAGCCACACAACUCCUCAAACCCAGCUUCUGAACUGGGAAAUGCCAGCAGGAUCCAGUUCAGUGAAUGGUUGGGCAAAGGGUCAUUUUAGAGAAUGUUUCUGACCUCAGAGGUGGGUGAUGUAUGUUCAACCCCAAACCAGCUGUAAGUAUUUAUUUGCUGUGCUUGAAAUUUUCAAGAACUUGGUAUAUUUUUAUAUAGAAGAACUUUGUAUGAAAAUAGCUCAUGGACUAAAUUUCCUCAUCAGAUCAACCUGCCUUUAACAAUUUCUGCUCCUUCCAGGCCCACAGAAAUUCUUUCAAAAUAAUUCAGUAUUCAUGAGUAAGUUGUUGUCUGAGCACCACAGCACAGAGAAUCACAGGGCAAAGUUUAAACCAAAGGUGCUUUUUAUAGUGGGGUUCUUGCUUUGCUUUACUUCUGCAGCCAUUUCUGUUCACAAAUAAUAUAUAGCACAGGCAAUGCUGGAGGAUACGUGUAACCAUGAAAUAAACCCAAGUGUAACUUUCUGAA